AUGAUGGCUUUGAUUAGUACUCGGUUCAUGUCACGUCCACUUCUUAGACUGCUUCCAUCCGGACAGUCUGUGAACGUUGGAUUGUGGCAUCGCUGUAGUGUCGCCACAGUACCACCGCCUGAACAUCCACAUCAUCCCAACCCUGGGAAUUUUGCGAAUCGUCCACGCGAACAGCUUUCAGAAAUAGGCCACAAGGGUGGAAAGAAGGGUGGAAAAGCUACCGGCGUGGGCGGAUUCCAUAAUAUGGACCCAGAGAAACAGCAUGCUAUCGCUUCGAAAGGCGGUCGUGCUGCAGGUCGGAGAAAAGCACCAGGAAACGGGGAAACCGAGUUAGAAGCCGAACGGCGUGGCCGGUCGCAUGAGCCCUCUGUGGUUCCACCUGGAUUCGAAGAAUGGAAGACAAUGGCUUGA